AUGUUUAUUUUACUUCAAUCGUUAUGCGCUACCUUUCAUCACCUCAACUGUUCCGACGCCCCCAUAGAUCCAGAUGAAGAACGCGAUGCGGUUGAGAUAAUCACUUCCCGCGGCUUUAAAGCGGAGACACAUUAUGUGAUUACAAAAGAUGGAUAUAUAUUAGGGAUUCACAGAAUAAUUAACCCGGAAUUGUCUCAAUUUAAUAAAACCCUGAAACCAGUUCUCCUACAACACGGCCUCUUGGGUUCGUCCACCGAUUGGCUCAUAAAUUCUCCGUUUCUGAACGCAUCCACCGAUAAAUUGACGGAUAAUGAGGGAAGAGUUGGUAAUAAUUUAGGGUUUGUUUUGUCACAACUUGGUUACGAUGUCUGGCUCUCAAACUCUAGGGGAAAUAUUUACUCAACAAAUCACACACAACUUAAAACAGGGGAGAAAAAGUUUUGGAGAUUUACAUUUGACGAGAUGUCUGCAUAUGAUUUGCCGGCUAUUAUUCAAUACAUACUUAAAACCACAAAUCAAAGUUCCAUUGGAUAUAUCGGUCACUCUCAGGGAACUGCCAUAAUGUUUGCAUUGUUGUCAUCAAAGCCAGAAUAUUCUCAGAUCAUUAACCCAUUCAUAGCGUUAGCACCAAUCGCUUAUGUCGCUGGUAUUAAAUCUCCGAUCCGAUACUUUACUGAAUUCAGUAGUGCUCUCAGGUUUAUUGGGGGCGAAUUCUUACCGUCGGAUAAAUUAAUGACACAUUUGGCGGAAGAGUUUUGCGACAAUGAAGUGAAAUUUAUUUGCGCCAACUUAUUAUACUUAUUCUCCGGGUAUGAUCGUGAUCAACUUAAUAUGACACGAUUGGGUGUAUACUUCACACACACCCCUUCUGGCACUUCGAGCUGGAAUAUCGCACAUUUUGCUCAAUUAGUCAAAAGUAAAACAUUUAGCAAAUUUGAUUUUGGGAGGACUGAUAACCAGAUAAUCUAUGGCCAAAAGACACCACCAGAGUAUAGGCUGGAAGCGAUCACUUCAACCAAAAUUGCAUUGAUUUAUUCGGCCAACGAUUGGUUGGCGGACAUCGACGAUGUGAUUCAACUUAAACAACAACUCAAAGUGCCAUUAUUAUCGGAAUAUAUGGUUCCGUAUAAGAAGUGGUGUCACACGGACUACAUAUUUGGUUUGGACGCCGGACUCUAUGUCUAUCCCAAAUCAAGCCUAGGGUUUAUUGGGGGCGAAUUCUUACCGUCGGAUAAAUUAAUGACACAUUUGGCGGAAGAGUUUUGCGACAAUGAAGUGAAAUUUAUUUGCGCAAACUUAUUAUACUUAUUCUCCGGCUAUGAUCGUGAUCAGCUUAAUAUGACACGAUUGGGUGUAUACUUCACACACACCCCUUCUGGCACUUCGAGCUGGAAUAUCGCACAUUUUGCCCAAUUAAUCAAAAGUAAAACAUUUAGCAAAUUUGAUUUUGGGAGGACUGAUAAUCAGAUAAUCUAUGGCCAAAAGACACCACCAGAGUUAUCCGACCUUCGCUAG